CUUCUUUUAACGGUGAUAAGCAUGAAGUGGGUCCCAUUAAUCCAACAGUAAGACAGGGACGACCGUAAUUGUCCUCUGUUACCACAUGCUAUCUCCUAUAUAAACAGCUCCCGUAGCGUAAUUUCCAGAGAACAAAUAAAAAAACGAAAAGGAGAGAAAAUUGUAGUCCCAUUUUCUCUUUACCCAGACAAACAUUUCUCUUUGCUUUCAUCUGUCUUAAGAUUGCAAAUUGCGGCCUGAAAAUGGGAGUUCAAGAAACUGAUCCUCUUGCUCAAUUGAGCUUACCACCGGGUUUUCGGUUCUACCCUACCGAUGAGGAGCUUCUAGUGCAAUAUUUGUGUAGGAAAGUUGCUGGUCAACAAUUCUCUUUGCAAAUCAUUGGUGAAAUUGAUUUGUACAAGUUUGAUCCAUGGGUUUUACCAAACAAAGCACUUUUUGGCGAGAAAGAAUGGUAUUUUUUUAGCCCCAGAGACAGAAAGUAUCCAAACGGGUCCCGACCCAAUCGGGUUGCAGGGUCCGGGUAUUGGAAGGCCACUGGUACCGAUAAAAUUAUCACAUCAGAGGGGCGUAAAGCUGGUAUCAAGAAAGCUUUAGUGUUCUACGUUGGAAAAGCUCCAAAAGGAACUAAAACGAAUUGGAUCAUGCACGAGUACCGCCUCUUAGAAUCCUCUCGCAAAAAUGGAAGCUCAAGGCUUGAUGAUUGGGUUCUAUGUCGGAUUUAUAAGAAGAACUCGGGUGCCCAAAAACCCAUUUCAAGUGUUUCUACCAAGGAACAUAGCAGCAAUGGAUCAUCUUCUUCUUCCUCUUCCCAUCUCGAUGAUGUUUUGGACACGUUGACGGAGAUAGAUGACCGUUUCUUUGCUGUUCCUGGCACCAACGAGCUAAAAGCAAUGCAACCUCCUGAAGAGAAAAUCAACUUCAAUAACCUGGGUACGGGUAAUUUUGAUUGGGCGAGUCUAGCUGGGUUGAACGCGGUGCCUGAACUCGUUCCGAGCGGGCAAGCACAGGCUCAAACUCAAGGGAUGGUGAAUUACACGAAUAACGGUAACGACAUAUAUGUCCCUUCAUUACAGCAUCAAAUUGGACACCUGGAUUCAAAGUCGGGCAACAACUCUUUUGAAGAGGAGGUUCAUAGCGGAGUAAGAACUCAGAGAGUUAAUAACUCAGUGUUAUUUCAACAAAACUCGAGCGUGUUGACUCAGAACUUCUCUAACGCGCUUGACCCGUAUGGGUUUAGGUACUCGACCCAUCCGGGUAGUGGAUUUGGGUUUAGACAGAAUUAGAGCAGAAUUUUAGGAGUGCAUGUCCAAUUUUACUGUAGAGAAUAGACAAGAGGGGUGCAUUUCUGUAAAUAUCUUGCAUUCUUUGGGGGCGAGGAGGGGAAAAAAAAGUUGGGAACUUUAUUAAUAGGGCAAAUGAAAAUUUCCCUACUUUAUUUAUUUAUUAUUACUAUUAUUUUUGGGUGUAUUAGGGGAUUAGAUUCAAUGGUUACAACUGUAUGAUUUAAUAUGAUAAUUAAAUUGACCAAGUUGUAAUUUUGAGACCAAGAUCAAUGAAUUUGGCAUAUAUUGCUAUAUAUGGAAAA